UAAGAGUGUGUGCGAGUAUGUUUUACGACUAGUUGAUAUUUGAAUGGUUAAAAUAAGUAAAAGAGUAGCAAUUUUGUGAAAUAUAUUCGAUUAAAUAUUUUUGGUAGUCCAAAAUUUAAGCAGGUCGCCAAUACGUUACAAUCUAGUGAACAGUUCAUACCAAAACUAUUAUGACAUGGAUAUUAAGUCUUAUUUUACAAUGUUUAUUUUAUUUUAUUUUUUUGUAUUUAAGAAAGAAUGAAGUGUGUUUGGUUUCAACUUUUUAAAUUAUCUAGAAUUGUUAUUCGAAUUCCGAGAGUUAAAUUUCAAAAGAUUCCAUCCAUUUUGUCAACAUACUCAUCAAGAGAGAAAUUUCUUCUUCGCCAGCAAAUACUGUUCAUCUAUGAGCGUUACUUUUCUUCAGUGGAAAGAAUUUUACUCACCACUUUGGAUAUACUGAAUGAUCGUGUGUUUCCGCAGUAUUCGCGAUCUUAUGCUGAAUGGAAUUAUCCCAAUUAUUCUAGAAGUGAAUUUCCCAUAUCUCCAGUUUUAUUUUAUCCAGCUAAAGCUUUUCCACAAGCUGGAUUUACUGCUCUCAUUCGAGCUCAUAAUCAUUUUGCCCUACUUAGUACUCUGUUGAAAUCAAUACAGUCUGUAAAAUUCCUACAACAGAUUGUUGUUGUAUGGACAAAUAAAAUGUAUCCGAUUCCUGAAUCUAUACUAUGGCCGUCACUAAAGGUACCUUUGAGUGUGGUUCGCUCUGCUUACGGUUCGGUAAAUGGUCGAUACUUUCCUUAUCGACAAAUAAGAACUGAAGCGGUUUUUUCUAUCGAGGAGGACACGUGCCUACCGUCUGCUGAGUCAAUUGAGCGUGCAUUUGAGCUAUGGUGCCAAAAUCCUGAACGAUUAGUGAGUUUAUCUGCGGGACAAUCUGGACAGCUUGCCUGGCAUUUCUUUAGUGAUAACCAAUCAUUUUCUGCUAGUUUUCCUGCUGUUUUUUUUAACAAGCAUUACUUGCAUCUGUAUACAAAUCUUUUAGCGGAUCACAUUAAAGCAUUCAUAGAUGAAUUGGAUACAUGUGAAGAUAUAUUCUUUUAUUGGCUUAUUAUACAAACAUCUUAUGGUCAAUCGGUGCUGAGCAGUUCUUCAUUCUAUAAUCACCAGUAUAGUUUUAUGGAUGAAUCAUUGCGUGAAUGUCAUACUAUACCAAAGCAUUGUUCACUACAUGCAAAUCGAUUAAAAAAUUUUGUGAAAAAUUUUCAUCAAUUUAACUAUCCAUUAAGAAUUUCACAUUUAAUUGCUAGUGCCUUAUAAAGUGGAGGAAAAUAUCACCAUCUAC